GUGACUCAGUUACAAAUUACUACUUCAUUGCAGCUCCUAGUGACGGUGCCUAUGCAGUAUUGGAAGAAGUUGUCGCUUUUUCAUUUGAGGAUCAGUUCAAAGAACUGACCUCCCUCAUCACCUACUUUGAACAGUGCUCAUUGGAAACACAACAGUUUAUUGACCACAUGAAGGCAGCGCUGCAUGAAAACUUGAAAACCGAUUUAAUGACGGACACGGAAAGACAACGUCUGGAGUCUUAUUCUGCCAAGAAAUCUACCUUAUUAGUUGUUGGUCAAACGAACAGUGGAAAGAGUUCAUUUGUUAACGAACUCCUCGGUGGGUCAUUUAUGCCAACGUCUGAAGUGCCAUGUACAUCCCGCAUAGUUCGUCUGAAAUACAGCCGAGAGAAUUAUGUCCAGGUUUUGGAUGAGUCUAGGCCUUCUGAGGACAAGCAUUUCUUCAGUAAGAAGAAACUACCGAAAGAGGCAAUAGAGCUGGAUGAAAGUAGGAGAGGUGAUCCGUCCUGGAUAAACGCCGUGGUCGAAGUGGGUCUGAACAACUCGCUUCUCCAAAAUGGCCAUCUGGAAGUUAUUGAUGCACCUGGGAUGAGCGAGAACGAAGCCCUCGAUAAGGUUGUCGACGAGUGCAUUCACGGUGCUCUUCAAGUUAUCAUUUACGUCGUAGAUGGGAAUUCCUCUCUGAGAUUACAGGAAAGAGGAUUUCUUCUAAAGCUGAAGGAAAAAGUUGGAAAUCUGCCCAUUUUUUACUUGUGCAACAAGGUGGACAAAGACAAAACAGCUCAAGAAUUCGACAGAGACUCUGACUCGGAAGACGAUGAAGAGCCUAGCCCGAGCAGCGGUGAGGAAAAAGAGCAACUGGUCUAUCAAGCUCUUGCAGAAUGUCAAAUGGUGCCUAAAGACAUUCCGUGGACAGAAUGUCCAUUCUUUCAAGGUUUGUCAUCUAAAGAAGUGAGACUUGCUCGACUGGAGAAAAAGACCAAUCGAUAUACAGAGCAGUUUGAUGUGCUGAAGUCCAAGCUUCUACCGUUCGCCGCCUUUGGAGUAAAUGCACACUUGAAGUCGGCCACUGAACUUCUCUGUCAGAUCCAAGAGAGAGUCUUCGAUUUUUUCUUGAGUUAUGAUUUCAAGGAAGAUAGAAUACCUGCCCAGAAUGAGUUAUUUGAUAAGCUAGAAGUGAAAGAACUGCAGUAUGUCAACAAGAUGAGAAAUUAUGUUAGCAAAAACCAGUCUAAAUUUGCCACAAUCGUUGCAAACGCCAUCCGCAGCUAUGGGGAAAUAAUCGUAAUUGAGGCAGGCCAAAUGCAGUUUGAUGCAAUUAAAAUAGGAGACGUUGUUGGGCGAAACGAAGUCGUGGAACAGUGUCGAAGACAAAUCAAAGACAUGGUAUUGUUCAAGAUUAUGAACAUUGCAAUGGACGGAGUACGAAAGGCGGUCUCUUCAAUCACAAAGAUGCUGCGUGAAUCCCUGGAGAGCGAGUUCAACGAGGUCACGAGAGAUGAGGAUCGUCUAUUCAACCUCGUCAAGCAGCAACUAGAGUACAGCUUUCUCCAGCAUUUCCAAGAUGGGAACGCAUGCGUUCAUUUCGAUUAUGCCUUGAUGAAAUUUGGCGUGAAACUUAUUGAUGACGCCAAGAAAGUCGUUGGCGACGUGUGGUCCGCCAUAACGGGAAAAGGAACCACGCUCAAUGAACAAUGGAAGAGGAAUAUUGCUAAAAGUGUGUUAGAAAACGUUGACUGUGAUGCCAUCGCUGUCAGAAUAUGUUUUAACAUACUAUCAGAUGUCGAGAGUGGUCAUAAGUUGUUCCAAGCUAACCUGGCCUACAUGAGACUAUUUUGCCAAGACGCCGCGGCGCAGACAGAUGUCCAGCGAAAAUUUGCCUCCGCCUGCUCCCCAUUCUUUGCGAGACUGAUGUGCAAAGCUAAAGCUCUGUAUCAGUCGCUGGCGUGUGAAGUUCCCUGGAAAGCAGCGUUUGGGGCUCGAGUGGGAAGGAAGGGUCACAGGGGCCAAGUGUUUGAAGACAAGUCUAACAAGCUUCGAGUAAUAAAACAACUGACCUGCAACGAGGCAAAGCAAGAUGAACACCUGUUAGGCAUCACAAAAACCUCAAGAAGGAUUCAAGAAGACAUUUCCACAAUUUUAAAACCUGUUUCAUUGAUUCUGGAUGGAAGCAAUGAAGUCACUGUCCUGUUUCCAAGGAUGAACACAGACUUGUUUGAGCGUCUACAGAGUGGCCAGGAGAAUCCCAUCAAACUGGUCCAAGGAUUGAAAAUAGUACAGCAAAUGAUUGACGCCCUCGAGAAUUGCUGGAUCAGAGGCAUUCACCAUGUGGACUUGAGGAUUACAAAUGUUCUGCUUGAUGUUGAACUGAACGCAAAACUAAACGUCUCCAAGCCAAGAGAUGAUUCAAUCCCUUAUCCCGACAAUUUAGCGCCUUUCCACGUACCACGUGGGAAUCCAGGUGCCUGCAAGGUUGACCCUGACACGGUGAGUACUCUUCAAACCCACUGUGCGUACAGCCUUGCUGUUCUGCUCUUGUUGCUGUUGGGAGAAAAGUACGACAGGCCAGCCUACGCUCAGACAAGCAACGUAAACGAGGUGUAUACUGCCAUCAACCAGGCGAAAGAUUCUGAUCACGUCUCUCGGUGGAAGGACCCGGGGGUCCGGCAUUCGGGCGGAAAGGUGAAAGCGCUAAAAAUUGUCCAUACCAUGUUUAAUGCUCAGCGACAAGAAGGCAUUCUAAUGUCAUUGAUGGAUAACUUCAAAUUACAAGUCGCUGAGAUGCUAUCUUACUAUGAAGUUUAUGAAGUUACAAGUCUGUAAAAAAAAAAACAAGUUUGUAAAAGCGAACUCGAUUGUUUGAGUCGAAUGUUAGAUUUAUCUCUAAAAGAAAACGAAGGAACUUCCACCAAAUUUGUCAUGUUUUGCAGAGCUUUUCUCAAAAAUAAAUUCGCACGAUUCAGGGUUAACGCCUUCCUCUUUGAAAUCUUGCAGUGUGUCUUGCACUAUAACGUUUGUUGUAGAAGACAAAUGUUAGAUGUCUGUGGCGACCAUGCGUCUCAUUGUUUGGAAGUGUUUAGCGUUACUAAAGGGACAGGUCGUGCUGUUUUUUUUUUAAUUACAAAUGUGAAUAAUUGAGGCCUUAAAUACGUGUUAGAAACUUGUAAAUAGAGAUGAUUUCAAAUGUUACUGAUCGCGUUGGUAUACAGGUUGAUCUAAACUAAGUUUUACGACCGGUUUGUAGGCCACAGAAUGACCAUAAAAACCCUGACCUACAUGAUAAAGUAAUACCGUUAAGUUGUUAUUAGUAUUGUUGUCGUCGGUCGUCAGUUAUCAGUCGUAUAUUGGCCGUCGUCAACUGGCAAAAGAAGACCUCUGGUUCCGGUUACGAUUUCAGCAUCCAGUUUAAUUUGAUGAAUGGACAAAACAGUGUCAAUUGUUUACACCAGAAUAUCAUUGUUUCUAUACCAUAAUAACCAUUUUCGUGAAGUACACCUAAAAAUUAGUUCUAAGUUUGGUUAGAUGGAGAAACACUGACAAAUAUCAUAAACAAGACGGAUAGUCAUCGAUGGAACUUGAAGAGUAGGUUCUUUUCAGACUGCGCCCUCGGGAUCCGAUUUUGGGGGCAGCGAUAUUCUUCAACUAGUUGAGCCUCGCAUCGUUUUCGGCUAUGUAAAAUGGUGAUAGGAAAGACGGAUGAGCUAGUCGAGGAGCAGUUUUCAAUGGCUAACUACAUCCUGCUAAAUGAUAGAAUUAACAAGAGAAUAUUAAUUCAAUGAGCUUGAUAGAACUUUAAGGCUGCGUCAUCAAGAUCUGUUGUUAGAGCUGAGUCAGCCAUAUUCUUCAGUUAUACCUCGCAUCGUUUCAUGUGAAACAGCGAUAGGAAAGACGGGCGAGCUAGCUACCUCGUAUUAAGUACCAAAACUAAAUAAGAGGGCGUUGAUACAGUGAGAAAAGUUUCAACAGUGAUAUUUCCACUGAGGGGAGAAGUAUUGCCGUUUUUGGCAGAUCUUCGUUGAAAUACUUGUAAAGAUGGUUUUCGAUUUUUAUUGUCGAGUCAACUUCCACAAGGUAUUUUAAAAAUCUCUACUCCCAACGCCCCACCAAGAAAAAGAAAAGUAAAAGGAGAAAUAGAACAGGCAACAGAUAGAAGCUUAGCGUAGCUUAGUUUCAGGGCAUGUGCAAGGGGAUAUAAUCUAAAGUUCUUGUAGUUGUCAGAAUUUUUGGGAGUAUAAAGAACUUUUACGACUUUUUAGUUGAUAAUUAACGUUCUGAAGCUUAGCUUAGUUGCAUUCCACAUGCGAGGGAAUAUAAUCUAAACUUCUCCUGGUUAUCAGUAUUUUUGGGAGUGUGGAAAAUGACUUUUAAGACCUUUUAGUUGGUAAAUAACGUUCUGAAGCUUAGCUUAGUUGCAUUCCAUGUAUAAGGGAAUAUAAUCUAAAGUUCUUCUAGUUGCAUUGUCAGUAUUUCUGAGAGUAUAAAUAACUUGCAAGACUUUUUAGUUGAUAAUUAACGUUCUAAAGCUUAGCUUAGUUGCAUUCCACGUGUAAGGGAAUAUAAUCUAAAGUUCAUCUAGUUGCAUUGUCAGUAUUUUUGGGAGUAUAAAUAACUUGUCAGUCUUUUAGUUGAUAAUUCACGUUCUAAAGCUUUGCUCAGUUGCAUUCUACUUGUAAGGGGAUAUAAUCUAAAGUUCUUCUAGUUGCAUUGUCAGUAUUUUUGGGAGUAUAAAUAACUUGCAAGACUUUUUAGUUGAUAAUUAACGUUCUGAAGCUUAGCUUAGUUGCAUUCUACGUGCAAGGGAAUAUAAUCUAAAGUUCUUGUAGUUGUCAGUAUUUUUGGAAGUAUAGCUAACUUGCAAGAUGUUUCAGUUAAUAAGUAAUGUUUUGAAUAAACUUUUCACCAGCUGUACAAAA